AUGAGCAGCUAAAAUAAGCUUCCUAAUUCUUCUACAAAUUAAUAAUAGCAGGGAGGAAAUAAAAACGCUAACAAUAACCCAGUAAAAGCCAAAGAGGCAGAUAGCACUUGGGUUAUGAGCAACGUUAGAUGCUGGUAUAAGAAAAAUAAUAAUAGAGAAGAGCAAUACAUAUUUAGAAAAGCAAUUAUAGUAUCAGAUUAAGUAAAGAAUGUAGGCGGACAAUAAAUAGUUAACAUAAGCAUUGAAUAGGAAAAUGGCUAAAAUGCUGAAUAGAUUGAGACAAAUGUUAAAAAUUUAUUUUAGAGAGAAGAACAAAGCCAAACAUCAUUUUACGACAUGGUAAAAAUGAGUGUUCUUAAUGAGGCAGAAUUGAUUGCUAACUUAAAAUAGAGAUAUGCAUAAGACAAUAUCUUUACUUAUAUCGGCCCUACUUUAAUAGUUUUAAAUCCUUACAAAAGUUUGAAAGAAUUAUUUUCUAAUCAAACGAUUGAUAUGAUAAAAGAAAAUUUAAAUAAAAACUUUGAUUUGUUUGAUCUUGAAAUGCAAUAGCCUCACAUAUACUCUAUUUCUGCAAUGGCUUAUAAAAAUUUAAUUAAGUUCAAUAAAAAGUAGGCAAUAGUUAUUAGCGGUGAAAGUGGUGCAGGUAAGACAGAGAAUGCAAGAUAUUCGAUGAGAUUUUUAACUUAAAUUAGUACUCAUGAUAACUCAAAUGAAAGCAUCGAAGAAAAAAUAUUAUCCUGCAACCCUGUACUCGAAGCAUUUGGAAAUGCAAAAACAGUGAGAAAUGAUAACUCAAGUCGUUUUGGUAAAUAUGUAUAAAUUGAAAUAGCUAAAAAGAAAAUAAAUGGAGCUACAAUCACUAAAUAUCUACUUGAAAAAAGUAGAGUGAUACAUCUAAGCUAAGGAGAGAGAAAUUAUCAUAUCUUUUAUCACUUAUUGGAGUCAAAAGAUAAUUAAUUAUUGGAAAAACUUCAUCUUUUAAAUAAAAAACCAUCUGAGUUUUAAUACUUAAGUUAGAGUGACUGCUACUCUGUAGAAACUAUUGAUGACACUUAAUUAUUUCAAGGAAUUAUUAAUUCCUUCAAAGUUAUGAAAUUCGAAGAAGACUUGCAAAAUACUAUUUUUAAAAUACUAUCUGCUAUUUUACAUUUAGGAAACAUUUAGUUUUCAAAUUAAUCAUUUUCUGAGGGUUCAUCACCAUGCACAGUGGUAAAUGAAAAUGUGCUACAGAUAGUCAGUAGUUUACUAGGUAUUAAUUUAGAUGAUCUUAAGAAAGCACUUCUUUAUAAAACAAUUGUAGCAGUGAAUGAAGUAUAUCAUAAACCAGCUGAUGCAGUAUAGUGUCAUCAUGCAAAAAAUACUCUGAGUAAAGCACUUUAUGAUAACUUAUUCAACUGGCUAGUUGAUAAAUUAAACCAAAUUAUAAAAAAUAAUCAGGUAAACUAUAACACAACAAACACCUCUAAUAACAAUAUGAUUGGAUUACUUGAUAUUUUUGGUUUUGAAAACUUUUAAGAAAAUUCUUUUGAAUAGCUUUGCAUUAAUUAUACAAAUGAGAAUCUUUAGCAACUAUACAUUUAAUAUGUUUUUAAGAAUGAAGAAUAAAUUUUUAAAGAAGACGGUUUAGAGAAUUUCCUUUCAAAUUUAUGCUAUUAGGAUAAUUCAAUGAUCAUUCAAACUUUAAAUAGAAGUUACAAGCUGCUUAACGAUUGUUGCAAAACAUAAUCCAAAGACGAUUCAAAAUAUUUAUAGUCUCUUAAAAAUGACUUUAAAAAUCAAUAAAUAUAAGUCAUUCAAUUUCCUAAAAUGGAUAAUGGCACAUUUUUGAUAAAUCACACAUAGAAUCCUGUUAGCUACAAAAUUGAAGGAUUUAUAGCAAAGAAUAUCGAUGAAGUAAGUUAAACCCUCAAAGAUGUAAUUAGUAAAAGUAGCAACAAAUACAUACCUUCUAUCUUUGGUAAUGAAGAAUAAACAUAAUAAAAUAGAGCAAGAUUUUUAGGAGAGAAAUUUAGUAAUUAAAUGGUAGAGUUGAUGAAAGAAUUAAAUUCUUCAGAUGUUCAUUUUGUUAGAUGUGUUAAGACAAAUGAAGUUAAAAAAAGUGACUAUUUCUUGGAAGGUUAUGUAUUGCAAUAAAUAGAGUAUCUGGGUGUUAUAAACUCAAUAGAAGUAAGGAAAAGCACUUAUCCCUAAAGAAGGGAUUAUUUAACUUUUUUUAAAGAGUAUAGAGUUUGUGAUGAGUAAUUAGAAAAAAAAGCAAUAGAUUAAAUUAAAAAUUUUAAAGAUGAAUGUAAAGCUUUAGUUUCAAAGAUGUAUCCAAACUACAGUGACUCUCUUAUUCUAUUUGGUAAUAAUAAAAUCUACAUGAAAUAGGAAUUUGAAAGUGCUAUUGAUUAGAUAAAGUAUGCAGAAAUAAAGCGUAAAAGGACUGCUUAAGUAGUAAGAAUUCAGAUUUAUGUUAGGUACCUUAGAUUCCAUAAAAGGUUUUAGAAAAAAUUAGAAGGAAUUAAAAAAUUAAACAAUAUUUUCUUUGCACAGAAGAUUUUUAAUAUAUAUAAUCAUUGCUUUUAACUAAUUAAGUAAAAAGCUAAAAUUACUUAAGUAAAAAAUCUUAUUACCUUAACGUUAAAAAUAGUAAAAGCAUCUUUUACAAAGACUACAUUUUAAAUUCUUAAAGAAUAUAGUGAUAAAAUGAAAGAAUUAAAAGAAAAAAAUGAAGCCUAAAUAGAGAAUAAUAAAUAAAUAUUAGAGCAAAGUUAAGAAGAAUAAAAGGUUAGCGAAUCAACAUGUGUUUCAAAUUAAUUUUUACAAAGAUAAGAUACUAGCAUAAAUGAAACUAAUGCAUCUUUGUUAUAUGAUACUAUAGCUGUUAAUGAAAUUUAAACUGAGUAAUCAUAAAGUAAGGUUAACACUUAUAGCUUAAAAAGUGAAAAAUAAUAAAAUUCUUAAAAUGUGAAUGCUUUUGAUUUUUAGACUGGAGACUUAAGUCUAUUACACAUCCCAGAGAAACAUACAAAUGAAAUUUAUGUGAAUCCUCCUGACUAAGAAGAAAUAGAAUCAGAAAGUCUUUUGCUUAAAUUGUUGAAUUCCUAAGAAAUAGACGAUAAAAUAAUUUAGUAAAUGAAGCAAGUCUAAUAUGCACUUGACAAGGAUUAUCAAAUUUAACAAAUAGAUGAGGAAGAUAUGAUUUAAAUAAAGAAAUAUAAUUAUAUUGAAUUUUACUCUAAAAGAUUAAAUGAGCGAAGCAAAUUUUUUGGUAAGAAAACAACAGAAGAAAUUUUAACAUUUAAAAAGACAUGCAUAAAAGGAGGUAGCUUGAUAAAGCUUCCUUCAUCUGAUAUAGCUCAUGCCCUUACACACUUUGAAAUAUUAUUAUUAUUUAUCAAAGAAACAGAUACUAUUAAAUACUCGGUGACAUAAUAAUACUAAACAUAAAGUUCGUAUAAUGAUGGAUAGGAGUCUAGAAUUUAAAAACUUUUGAAGUACUCUUAAAACAGGUCUUAAGAAUUUAAAAAUGAGGUCUUGACUUAAAUUUUAAAAUAGUUAAAUGGUAAUAAAAACGAUUUAUACACUCUCCGUCUUCUUCACUACUUAGUAGUAUUUUGUUAUUGCUUCAGAACUGAUGAAGAGUAUACUAUGACUAUGAUAAAUUUCUUAAUUUUUAAUUUAAUGAAAUUUUGGCACUAACAUAGCACUAUAUUAAAAUACAUAGAAUAUGUGAUUCCUACUUUGUUUCGCUCUAUAACUUAUUUAAAAGAAAGAGAGAAUAUUUACAAUAAGCAUGUUCUCACAGAAAUGAAAAUUAAUGCUUUGAUAUUUUAAUAUCAAAUAAAAGUUCCAAUUACUCUUUCAAAUGGGACCAGUUUUCUUGUGAAUGUAGAUCCAUAUGAUAAUUUUAACAAUUUGAAAUAAAAAGUCAUGGAAUAAUUGAAUAUCAACCACCGUCGUCUGAUCCCUGAAUUAUUUGAAUUCUUCGAAAUACAAACAAAAGAAAAUUAAGUAUUUGAAAGAAUGCUUUUUCCAUUAGAAGGAGUAUGGGAUGUUAUUCAUUUAUAAGAUACUUAUAGAAAUCAAAGUGCCUUUGAAACGAAAAAAAAUUAAAAUUAAAAGAAGACUUUCUAAUUUAUGUUUAAACCUAUUUUUGUUUACACAGUUUAUCCAAAUGACGAAGUUGGUAUUAGCUUACUCUAAAGCUAAAUAUAUUUUGAUACUUACAUUUCAAAUCUCGUUUAUGAUGAUAAAAAAACUAACAUACAGAUGCUUUCACAUUUACUUAAUAUAUUAGAUAUUUCCAACAUUGAAGAUCCAACAAGUAUUCUACCUUUAAGUUUUAGUGAAGAAGAGUCAAGGAGCAUUUUUCAGCUUAUUUAGGAGGAAUACGAAAAAAAUAUAAAAAAUAAAAUGACUAGGCUCUAAUCAAAAUUUGAAUACAUAUAAUUAGCCAAAGAUAAUGUCAAUCUUUUGGGAUUAAAAAUACCUAUAAAAUACUGUGAUGAGCAAAAACAAACUAACGACCCUCUCAAUUAUUUGAUGGUUUUAAACUCCUAUUAGAUGUCAUUCUACGAAACUGCAAACAAUAAUCAUCUAGUAAUGCAAUACAAGUACAGCUAGCUAAUCAGCUGGGGAGUCCAAGACAAAUUUAUAAAACUGAAUACUAAAGACAAUAAAUCUCAUAUAAUCAAUACUGAGUAUGUUUUAACAGUUGUUUAUUAUUUUAAUCAAGUCAAAGGGUUGGUAAAACAAUAAGACGAACAAUAUUAUCAAUCUAUGAAAAGCAUAUACUCUUCUAUUAAUACAAACUAAAGAUCAAUUUAAAGUGCUUCAAUACCACAAAAUAUAAAAACGUCAGAAUCUCUUAAACAAUAUUAAAAAUUAUAUAGCAAUCAACUAUUCUCUUCUAGUUAAUAAAAAAAAUUUAAUUGA